AUGAAGGAAAGUCGAAAAGGAUUUGUUUGGAUAAAACGGAAGCUUUUUGAUACGAUUGGUGUUGAGGAUCCAAUAAUCAAAGGAAUGUUUUUUCCCGUCGAACUAGAAGAAAUGUACUCAACGAAAAUCCAAAAUUAA